AUGGCUGAGAAUCAGCGGACCCAGGAGGCCAGUGCAGGAGACACUCACUGCCCUAAAUCCAGCUCUGUUGGUUUUGAGGAUGACCAUGUUGAGACUGCACAAGAAAUACCAGUGCAUGAAGUGCCAAGAGAAUUAAGCUCUUUGUCCAUACAUGUCACAGACAGGAUUUUUUUUAUUUAUUUAGUCAAUAAUCAAUUGUGAACCGUCUCACCAGAGGUCCUGAAUCUAGAAUAUCUGGAAGAGCUGCAUAUGGAAAAGAACCAGGUUAUAAGCAUCCCCAGGAAGAUCAAUUAUCUGAGGCACAUGAAGAUCCUCUGCUUGGUUCAGAAUCACAUACAGGACAUAUGUGAAUAACUGGGGAGAGUGAAAUGUCUUCUGAACUUAGAUUUAAGUAAUAAUCCCUUCUCCUGUAGUUCGCUGCCAGUUGUCAGCAAGCUGCAGUCCCUUCGUCAGCUCAGGCUCUAUAAAACAAACUUGUGUGAAAUCCCAGUGCAGAUCUGUGGAUACCUCCAUCAUGUUAAAGUGCUUGGCCUUUCUGACAAUAAUCUCAAGUGCCUGCCUAAAGAAAUAGUGAACCUGACAAAACUCAAGGAAAUUUACCUCCAGAAAAAUAGAUUUGAAAGUUUUCCCAAGGAGCUUUGUCAUAUGCUAAUAGAUCUGGAACAAAAUCUCAUCAGUCUCAUCCCAGAAGAGGGAGGCUUUUUGACAAACUUAGUUAGGCUAUUUUUAGCUUUUAAUAACUUAUCAUCCAUUCCUCCUACACUGCAACACUGCCAGAAGCUGGCUGUGCUGGAUCUGUCUCAUAAUCUCCUGCAACUUCCCCCAUGUUUGAAGAAUCUCACUGAAAUGAGAGUACUCAGGCUGACUGCUGACAGCCUGGAUAAAUUCCAACACCAGAUCUGCUGCUGGCCAUCCCUUUCCCAUGUUUUUCUGAGGAACGUUGGAGUGCACACACGACCUGGGUCCUUCACCAGAUUAACCAGUGUCAGGAUACCACAUCUGAGUGAAAAUUGCUUUGGUGAUAUUCCUAAAGGAAUAUGCACUAUGAAAAAUCUGGAAGCAUUGGCCCUGGAUGACAAUCAGAUACAGGAGAUACCUGCAGAGGUGAAAGAACUGGCAACUUUGAAAUGCCUUAGCCUGUCUGAAAACCGAUUCAGUAUCUUUCCAAAGGAAAUCUUUCUCCUGGAGUCAUUGGAGAGAUUAUACUCUGGAAAAAAUAAAGGAAUUAAAUUCACAAGUCUGCCAGAAGACAUCACCAAAUUGCAAAAUCUGAAAGAACUGAAUAUGGAGAAUAAUUGUCUGGAGUACCCGCCCCCAGCCAUCAGCUCAUUGACCCUCUUGAAAAUACUUGACCGUCGCAACAAUCUCCUUAAACAGCUCCCAGACUCUGUAUGCCAAACGUAAGGUUUGCAAAAACUGCUCAUUCAGAAGAAUCACCUGUCCCAGCUGCCCGAAAAUUUGGACAAUCUUCAGCAGCUGGAGCUGGUCCUUGUGGAUGAGAACUCCAUGACAGAUCCCUUGACUGAAAUGUGCUGACAGAGGACAUCCUCCAUCUGGGAAAACAUACGGGAAAAAAGGCGUAUAAAGACCAUGAACUUAAAGGUAACCAGGUAA